AUGCAGACAUAUAUUAAAAAAAAAAAAAUUAUGCUUUUGCCUUGGUGCGCCCCUCAAAACAAGAUGGGUCACCAGCAGUCCUACUGGAGCCACCCAAGAAAAUUUGGCCAGGGUUCCUGCUCUUGUUACAUGUGCUCAAACCGUGGUCUGAUCCAGAAAUAUGGCCUCAAUAUGUGCCGCCAGGGUUUCCAUCAGUCCAGGAAGGACAUAGGCUUCAUCAAGUUGGACUAA